AUGAAGCCGGUUAUCGAUUCUAAAUUGGUAAAGCAGAAUAAAAAGAGCAAGACCCACAAGCUCGAACAAACGCUUCUUAUCGGACAGAAUGCUACUACUAAAAGUAAAACUAAAACAGCUGUUGAUUCAAAAAAAUCAAAACGGCAAGAAUAUAUUGAUACUCCAGUUGUGAAGAAAACAACUAAAUCUAAAGAAAGCAGUCUUUUGGACUCUAAUUUAAACUCAGACAGUAAGCUUAAGGAAUCCAACCGCUCAUCUUCGAAGAAAUCUCGGCAGAAAAAAAUUAAGAAUUCAACAAAUCAUUCAUCAGAACAACCUGCUUCUGUUACGCUUAGUGAAGAUCAUUGUGGUGCUAGCAGUCGAAAUUGUCUCUCUCUACUCAUCACCAACCUACCUAAACAUAUAAAUUAUACAAUGCUUAAAGACGCCAUACCAUCAGCUACACGUUUGCAUCUGUUUAGGAAGUCUGGAAAGCGUUUAGCUUUCGCCAAUUUCUCUACUACGGAUGAAUAUUCAAAUGCCGUUAGUCGUCUGGAAGGACUUGAGUUUGACGGGGUUAAGCCAUCAUUUAAGCAAGUUAUUCGCCAUGAUAAAAAUGAAAAGAAGAAACUUGAUAGUGGUGAACUAAGGCUUACUAUUCGAAACUUACCAUAUUCUACUACUGAAACUGAGUUACAAGAUGAAUUUCCUACGGCCAAAUCAAUUAUCAUAAAUAAGAAGGAAAAUGGGAUUAGCAAAGGAUCUUGUUUGAUAGAGUUUGAAUCUCAUGAUGAUCUUCAAGUUGUUCUGGAUGCUUGUCAGAAUAAGGUCAUCGGUGGUCGUCGUGUACACGCAUUGCCCGGUCUUCAUUUUAAAUUAAAAUCCGAAAACUCAAAGGCAAAUAAUGAAAAGGCUUGUACAUUUGGCAUAAAAAUAUGCAAAUUGUCUACAGUAAUAGAUGAUGAUCGACUUCGGCAACAGUUUCCGUUGGGUUCCAUCAUUGAAUAUUGUUCGGUGCCUACUAGUAAUCCAUCAUGCAGAAAUGUAUUUCUCACGCUCAAAAACAUUGCAUCUAAUCAGUUAAUUGUUAAGAAACUUCGAAGAAAAGGUAUCGACGAGCAUCGUCUGCGUAUACAUGUAUGGUGCAAAAAGGGCUCCAAAUCUCAAAAAAUUGAUAUAAAUUCACUAACUGACGAUAAAAAAAAUAAACGUAAAAAACCAAAACUCAAGAUAAUUGUUCCAGUGGGAAAUGAAGAAACGACAUUUUCUGACGCAGAUAAAGAGAAUAAAUUGAAACAACGAAAACUUGAAAAGAUGGAUGUUUCCGUAGAGAAUACUGAAGUUUUGUCUUCGAAUUCAGCCAGCAAGGAACAUAAAUUAAAAAAACGGAAAUUUGAGUGCAUGGACGUAAACAUGACUGAUUCACAUUCGUUAAAACGUCCUCGUUCUCAUAAGAAAAAGGAGUUCGGAAUUCAAGAUAAGAAUCAGAUCAGUGAUAAUCUAAAACACAUAGUAUUUAAUGAAGAUGAAUAG